AUGGCGGACCGGAUUCACUUUACGCAGAUUAACUUGCAUCACAGCAAAUGCGCCUCGGCUGUACUAGCCAGGUGCGCAGCAGUGAUGCACACAAGUAAAUACAUAUUUUUAAUACAGGAACCAUGGAUCAUCAAGGGACAUAUAAAAGGACUUGGCAGCUGUGGAAAACUAUUCUGGGCCGGAAACACGGACCGACCGAGAGCGUGCAUUAUAGCGAAAGGAAUAGACGCCUGUCUACUGCCACAAUUUAGCGAUGGCGACUUUGUUGCCAUCAGACUGAAAAUAAAGACGACCGGUGGAAUAGUCAGGGAUCUAAUUAUAGGGUCAGUGUACAUGCCCUACGAUUUGGAAAACCUGCCCCCACAUGAAAACGUGAUUAAACUCACGACUUAUGCAAGGCAGAAAGGGCUAGAAAUACUCCUGGGAUGCGAUGCCAACUCGCACCAUCUGGUGUGGGGGAGCACCGACAUAAAUCCCAGGGGUGAGAGCCUAUUCAACUUUGUGGUAGGUAUGGAGCUACACAUCCUGAAUAGAGGAACAGAAUCUACCUUCCUGGACUCUAGAAGACAAGAAGUGAUAGAUAUAACCAUAUGCUCUGGCGGAAUAUUGGACCUGUUGAGGGGAUGGAGGGUCUCUGAUGAGCCCUCAGGAUCAGACCACAGGCAGGUCCGUUUCACCAUGGAGCAAGUACAGAGCCAAGGGUUAUGGAAGAGAAAUCCUAGGAAAACAAAUUGGAGGGGGUACGAGGAAGACCUUAGGAGUCGACUCAAGGAAACACCCACUAGAUUCCACACAAAUGAAAUGUAA